CUGAAAAGGAAAAUUCUAAAAAAGCAGUUAAUACUGAUAGUGAAGAAGCCCCUAUUGAAAUAAUUACAAUUGAUGAAAUUAGUAAUUAUAUUUCUAAUAUGAUUGAUGGAUUAGAAUAUAAUACUGCUCUAUUUUCUACUUUUUAUAUUAAAUUUGAUGAAAUUAUUCUUAAUGCUGUUGGUGUGGAUGUUAGAGUAAUGGCUAAAUUAAUUAUCGACGAAAUUGAAGAAGGGGAUGAUUUCAAAUGGGCCGCUACAACUGCACCAAACAUUUCAUCACGUCAUCAAGGUGUUGAUAAUGCAUACUUUGCAUGUUCUCAAAGUACUGAGAUUGAGUAUGAAUACAAAGACUCAAAUC